GGAGUGUUCAGACAGUGUGAAUAUAUAAAGAGCUGUGAGGGAGAGGCUGGGUGGGUAGAGUGUGAUUUUGGUUUUGGUGUGGCUAGUGCUAAGUGGAGAAUGGCUGAGACGAUGUUCUUAUUCUGGGGCUCCGGUUCCCCACCCUGCUGGAGGAUCAUGAUCGCCUUGGAAGAGAAGAAGUUACAUGGAUACGAACAGAAGCUGUUGUCCUUUGAAAGGAUGGAGCAUAAAUCGUCCGAAGUUUUGGCAAUUAACCCAAGGGGCCAGUUGCCUAGUUUCCGCCAUGGGGAUACAAUUUUGAACGAAUCUUUUGGAGCCUGUCUGUAUUUGGAGAACCAGUUCAAGUCCCAAGGUACCCAGCUGAUUCCGGACGCUGGGGACGAACAGGCUGCUGUUUACCAGAGAAUGCAUGAGGUCUUGACCUUGCAGGAUAAACUGGGUGCUGUGAUCUAUUAUAACUGGAGAGUUCCAGAAAAUGAGCGUCAUGACUCUGCUGUGGAGAGGAACAAAAAGGCACUGAAUGAAGAGUUGAUGCUGUGGGAAGGAUACCUUGAAAAGCUGGAUCCUGACUCCUUUAUUACUGGGAAGAACUUCACAAUGGCAGAUGUAAUGUUUUUCCCACAAGUGGCCUAUGCUGUUCGCUUUGGAAUAUCAACAGACAAAUAUCCCAAGCUGAUGGAAUACUACACUAAAGUGAAAGAGCGGCCAAGCAUUCAGGCCUCCUGGCCCCCCCACUGGAAGGACAGUCCUCCAACCAUGGAUAUUUUGAAAGAUGUUUGAGUUUUGUAGAAUUCUUGAAUUCUGCAUUCAUGAACCCCAAAGUUGUUGGCCUUAUCAAUUUGUUAUCAACUGUUGGACUAUUGCUUAAAGAUUAGCUUGUCACUUCUGUUAUUGUUGCAUUAAAACUUAAUGACAUGUUUUUGAGUGCAUCCAUGUACAUUAAACAAUCUAUAGUAUUUGGCCACA